UCGAACCAGUCUCUCGGGCGGUUCUGCGUGGGGAUGCUCCAAAUCACUAAACCACAACACAGAACCCAAGCUUGGACUCUGAACCAAGCCCUUUUGCCUAGUUUUCUCUUUCCCCGUUUCGCCAGAAUCCUCACCACCCCUCGUCACAGCCUCGUCACAGCCUCGCCCCAGACUCGGGGUCCUCUGCAGCCACCUGCGCGUGUACGCUAUUGUCACGCAGUAAGGAGGGGCUGCGAGGCGCUCAGCCCACCAGGCACUCCAGGGAGAGACCGAAACUACAACUCCCAUCACGCCCCACAGCCUGUUCCCUCCUCCUCCUUCCCUCCCCCCUCCUCCCUCGGCCAGCGGCCGGGAGGCUCUGGGCUUUUAUCUGCGGACCGGCGGGAGGGAGUCAGGUCCCGCGAUCUUCCCCGACCCGAGCGAUCUGCCCAGCGGCAGCGGCAGCGGCGGCGGCUCUUAGCCGGGUUUUGCCUCCGCGUCCCCGCCAGCCCCGAACCCGCGGGGGCAGACGGUCCGUCCGCGCGUGCGAGAGGAUGGUGAUCCGCGUGUUCAUUGCCUCCUCCUCGGGUUUCGUGGCGAUAAAGAAGAAACAGCAGGAUGUGGUUAGAUUUCUGGAAGCCAACAAGAUAGAAUUUGAGGAGGUGGAUAUCACAAUGUCAGAAGAACAAAGACAAUGGAUGUACAAAAACAUCCCCCCAGAAAAGAAGCCUGCUCAGGGCAAUCCUCUGCCACCUCAGAUAUUUAAUGGUGACCGAUACUGUGGAGAUUAUGACAGUUUUUUUGAAUCAAAGGAAAGCAACACAGUCUAUUCGUUCUUAGGCCUGAAAUCACGAUUGGCAUCAAAGACAGAGUCUUAGAGAAGACAAGUGGAAGAUGACGGAGAUGCAUUUUGGAGCACCCCCUGGUACUCAGCACACACCUGCUUACCUAAUGCAUCACUGUGACUAAAGCCACAUGCAUCAUCAGUAACUUUGCUUGCCAUGGAGAGGUGUUUUAGGAAGACAUGGGUAUAAUGGGGGAUUGCAUGAUUGCUUAAAACCAAAUCAGGACUGUGGUGGGUUUUUUGUUAUUUUCAGAAUUGCCUGCAGCUGCCUCAUUCACCUGGAGGUACUAGAUUUUACCUGUUACAGGUGUGCUUCCUUAAUGACUGAAAAAUAAGUGGGUGGGACCACUGGAGAGAAAAUGUUGGAUCUGCCCCCGGCUGUAUUUGAUGCCAGUAUUGUUCAGACUGGCCUCUCUUUAAGCUGCCUGGAUUGUAUCCUCGAAAUUAGUUUGCCAGGCUAUUAGAAAUCUUUUGAUCAGAAAGAAAGAUUUGCUGGUUGACAAAGAGCUGAAAAAUUUGCUGCAAAAUCACAAAUGUCACGAUUCUGGUGCUUUGUAAUAGCACCUAUAGAAAAAGUUAGAUGUUCUGGCCGCCUUUGGUGAUGGACAUUUAUUUCCAUAAAUCCUCCAAAUUCCUACAGAUGUUUCCAAAAAUCACUGCUGCAACUAUGUGUGAUUGGGACCAAGUUACAGGGAUAAAAAUAGUUGCUAUUUUGUAAAAGAUAGGCUUCUUUAUCUCUUGCAAGAGAAAAAUUUCAUUUAAAUAUAUAAGACAGCUUAAAAGGUAUAUUUUAGAAGGUGUACAAAUUAAUUAGAUAGUAAAUUUAUAGGGAAAUUACCUGACUCCUAUCUGAAGGGAUUUUCAGCUCUAGCAACUUAUUUAUGCAUAAAUAGCAUAUUUUUAAAUGCAGCUUCCCUAACUAAUAGCUGCUUAUUCUAUUUUGUGAAUGGAUUAUAUUUUUUUGAGAAAAGGAAGAUCUUGGUUGGAUAUAUUUUGUGAACCCUUGAUGAGGUUUACUAAAAGAUACUAAUAUUGUGGUACAAUUUAAUUUUUUUCCUGUGUUGCUUUUCAUUGAACCUCUAGCUUUGCUCACAUAUCUGACCAAUGUACGGUCCCAGAUUUUUCAGAGUAAUGUAGAUCCAUGUUCUCAUUCCAUAUAUGGCUUCCAGUGGGCUUUCAGAGCAGUGUAUAUGAGAAAGAGGCUGUCAGAGAGUAGCUCUGAAUUGUACUUGGCAUGUAAAAUCUCUACUCCCUUUGGAGUGGAUGCUGAACAUGUCUACUCCGUUAGGGCAGAGGCUGCUUUUCUCCAUCCUUAUCCCUGCUUACAGUCUUUAGAGUUUUUAAUUGCCAAACAUGAGCAGUCUUAAAUAGGAUAAAUUCCAAGAGGGCUGCCUAAAAUAUCCUGCUGUUCUAAGCAUCCCAAUGCAGGACUUGUUGGUCAGAUUCUGAGCAGGAUGUAAGAAAUUGAAAGAAUAGAAGAAAGCCCUGUCACAUGUGUUGUUUCAUCCUCCAACAAACUAAAUGUGGACUACUCUAAAGGACUUGUUGAAUGCUAAAGCUGAAAUCCCAGCCUGAGAUUUGCAGCCCAGGACUACAACCAGAAGAAAAGCAUGCCACAGAUUUCUACUUGACUAGAACAAAUACACGAUCCACGAUUUUCUCUCCAAGGAAAGCUGUUGUGAAAUUAUGGGUAUUACUGUUUAGUUGGCAUUAUUAAAUAAGUUCCAGGUCAUAUUCCGUUUGCUAAAUCCCAGGGACUAUCCAGGAAACUUUUUUUUCAACUGGAUACUGUGUUUGAGUAAAUGAGUCUUCUGAUAAGACCUAGACUUUCAUUUUCAGAUAUCAACAAUUUUCAAAGUUUAAUGCUACAGUGAGCUAACUUACAUUAGUCUUCUCUUCCCAGUGAGUGCUAAGAACCAACUUGGUAAGAUUGAGGGAAAUUCUGGGGUUGUGGGAUCAACAUGAUAUUUGCUAGACUAAGACAGCUACUCACGUUUGUUCAUCUUGAAACUUUUGAAUUACUGUGGUCACAGUAGGACCAGAAUGGCUCUCCUGAACGGACUAGAUGGAUAGUAGUGCUAAAUUGCUACCAGUUAUACAUCGUCUAACGCUCACCCCACCUUUUUUUUUUUUUUUUAAUCAGCACAGAACUAGGAGAGACCAGUCCUGGCUGGUAUUGUACUUGUUAUGAGUGAGGUAAAAGCACACGGUAUGGCAUUUACCGCAAUACUUGGGCUCUGCAGAGUAAUGACGUAUUGUCCUCUGGGACCACAUUGUAUUCAGAGAAUAUUGUUUCUUUACUUGUACUGUUUUACCAGCUAAAUUCCAAACAUGUAAUGAUUCUUGUUACCUUCUUUAACUAACUGCCUUUAGAUUUGAAUAUUCACAGUCUUGAAAACCUAGGAAAGAACUAGGUGGGAAUAUUGGAGACAUAGAUGUAGUAUCAAAGGCAUUUCAAGACAGAAUUUUUAUUUCCUGUAGUAGGCUUAUUGGGACAAAGGAAAUGUGCUGCUAAAAAUAAAAUGCCAUUUUAAAAUUAGAUCAAAUACAGAGUGCCAUCCUGCUAGGUAUAUUCAGACCAAAAGAAAAUUUAGUUGGGAAAAUAAAUUCUUCCAAAUUCUGGUGUUCUAUUAAAAUCAAAGGGAUAAAAGGAAGAUUUUUUUUUUUUGUCUCUCAGGCUCUGAUACAUUUUAGAUUUGUUUCUGUUUUAUAGAUUCCUUCAAACACCUAGAUGUUCUUAUAUUACAUGAAUUUAAUGAACUAAACUUAUUUUUGUCCUCUGUUAUUUAAAGGUACCAAAGCCUCUUUCUGUUUUUUUAUUUUAAUUUGAUUUUGCUACAUAGCAUUUUGUUUUUUCUAGAAAUGCUUUUCAUUUAACAGCUUUUCUUAAGUGUCAGGGCCUACUUUGAUCUGCAUAAUUAUUGUUUUUAGAUUUCAAUGUGUAUGUGUUUGUCUCUAAAGGCAUUGGUGAAAUCUCAGAUUUUCUAUUCAGCAUUAAAAAGGAAUAAAUUCCAGGAAACAUGUAUUCUGAAAAUGGAGUGUUUAUUCCCUACCAUUUUUUUAAUGUUUAUUCAUUUUUUGAGAGAGAAAGAGAGAGAGUGCGAGUGGGGGAAGGGCAGAGAGAGAGGGAGACACAGAAGCAGGCUCCAGGCUCUGAGCUGUCAGCACAGAGCCUGACGUGAUGCAGAGCUUGAACUCAUGAACCACGAGUUCAUGACCUGAGCCAAAGUUGGACGCUCCACCGACUGAGCCACCCAGGCACCCCUUCCCUACCAUUUCUUAUACCUUUUCUAAUUUUAGUUCUGUAUUUGGUUGAAGACUUCCUGUUUAGUUGGGAUGCUAUAUUUCUACCCCCAUUUGUGAAUCUCAUACCUGAAUGCUGUGGGUUACUUGGGAAAAUGCAGAUGGAUCAUCUGACCAUUCGAGGAGACAUUCAUGUUUGUGGUCCUCUGUGUGUUUGUGUUGGGAGGUGAUCACAGAAUCAUCUCCGACAGUGACCCAGGACGGCAUUAAAUCUCUUGCUCCCUUGGUUGGUUCCAACAGAUGACUGUGGUUUCCUUAAUACACUGAAGCUGGAUUGGUGGAUUUGUUCCCUUAAUUGGGUGCAAAAAACCAAGUACAGUGUUGCUGCAACCCUUAAAUAGCACGCCCCCUCUGAUACAGCCCUCUCUGAAAGCAGAAGAAAGCAUUCUGAAGGCAGAGUCUGAGGCUGAUCUCAUCUCUGAGCUAUUUCAAACCUUAAACACCAAGACAGAAGGAGGGUGAAGGAGAAGAUAAAAGAGAACAGGCUGUCAGUUUGCAGGAAAUGUGCUAAAUUGUGAAAACAAAUAAGCCAAAGUAAUCACUGCCCACUUGUAGCCCACAUUUCAGUUUCCCUGGUCUUUCUAGAAAUGCAGGUCAGGUUAGUUUGGUCAUUCUUUCAGUCAGCAUUUGCUGAGCCCCUGGAAUGUAAUGGGCACUAUCUGGGUGGCACUGUCUCCAUCCUGAAGGAGGAGAGAAACAGAGAAGCAAGAGCAGCAGUUACUACAAGUGGUGAAUGAUAGAGUCAAGGUCAGUUUAUGGCGCUCCAGAUGACAGUUUGUCUUCUGAAACAUUACGUGCAAUUUUUUGUGUUUGUUAGAAAGCUUUCCGGUUUAAAAAUUGUUUCCUGCAAUAGAAUACACACACACAAACACACACACACACAAACAUAAAGAGUAAUAAAAAAACCCAUGUGUGCCUGCCACCAGCUCAUUGCCUCUCCUUUGAGGCACCGUGUGCUCUUCUCUGGCCCUAUCCCAUCCCUGUUUUGAGAGUGGGUCCCCUGUCCUGAGCUCUGUUGAUCAUAGCCUUUCUGUCCUUUAUCAUUUUACCUACAUGUAUAUACCUUUAAAUAAUAAUAAAUGGCAUUAAACUGUA